UCUGUGAUUGUGUUUGUGCGCGUUUGUGUACAACAAGAAUAACAACAAAAACUGUGCAAGGAUCAACGACAACGACAACGCCGCCGUCAGGGUAGUUUGUUUGAACAAAGCCCAAAGCCCAACGUGGAGACGGGUGGAGAGAGACGUGUGCUCUCUUCUCUUUUGUGCGCUUUUGCCGCCUGGAAUGUGCUGCAGCCCAACAAACAAAAACAACUGCAAGAGUAAUUGCAGGAACAACAACGACAGCGGGCGACCGUAACGAGCACACACUCGCAGUUACACACACACACUCAGACCGGGUGCCGGCUAAAAGGGGGAGGAAACGCUGUUUGAUUGUUUGCAGGAUUCUUUUGAAGCGCCCGCUGCUGCUGCUGCAGCUGGAAGUUGACUGCAUUUGGGCAAAUAGAUUCAAGAACCACGCUGCCAAAAACUCUGGUUGGAAGUGAGCCGAAUGUGAACCGAAAAAAAAUGUCGAUAAAACGUAAAAAUAAUAAGCUAAGAGAGAAAUACAUUUUCUUGGUCUUGCCGGCCAUCGAGAAGUGAAAAGCAAAGCAUUCCGCAAAGUUAAAGGAACCUAAAAAAAAAGAAAAAAAAAGAACGCAGCGCGAACUCAAAAGCUAACGAAAACGAAUUCGAUCGAUUUGCAUUGACACAGUUUGAAAUAGGAGCCACAAAAAAUCCGGAGACGACGACAAAAACGGAAAUGGAUCUCAGUCUCGAACGCGACAGCUCUGCGCUGGGCAGUCUGUUCCAACAGAUCAUAAAUGACAUGAAGAACACAUCGCCGUUGUGGGAGGACUUUGUGGCCAAGGCGAGUAAACUCCACACAUGCCUGCGCGCUGCGAUUCAGGCAAUUGCCGCCUAUUUGGAUGCCUUCCAAAAGAUCGCCGAUGCGGCCACCAAUUCCAGAGGUGCAUCCAAGGAGAUUGGCACCGCUUUGACGCGGGUCUGCCUGCGUCACAAGGCGGUCGAGACGCGCCUGAAGACGUUCACGAGCGCCAUUAUGGAUUGCUUGGUGCAGCCGCUGCAGGACAAGAUCGAGGACUGGAAGCGCACGGUGGCCACCAUUGACAAGGAUCAUGCCAAAGAGUACAAGCGCUGCCGCAGCGAGCUUAAAAAGCGCUCCAGCGACACGCUGCGGCUGCAGAAGAAGGCGCGCAAGGGCCAGACGGACAACAGCCUGCAAUCGUUGAUGGACUCGCACAUGCAGGACGUGACGCUGCGUCGCGCCGAGCUCGAAGAGGUCGAGAAGAAGUCGCUGCGUGCCGCCAUGGUCGAGGAGCGGCUGCGCUUCUGUAGCUUUGUGCACAUGCUGCAGCCGGUGGUGCACGAGGAAUGCGAGGUCAUGUCCGAGCUGGGCCAUCUGCAGGAGGCCAUGGAGUCGAUUGCACUGGUCACCAAGGAACCGAGCGUGCUGCCUCAGGCCUCGGAGGAGCUCAUACACGAUGCCAAGGCCAGCAUUAAUCUAUAUCCCGAGUCACCGGGCGGCGGCUCUGGCUCUCAGGGUGGCGGCUGCUCCAAUUCGCUCGGAUCACGCAAGAGCUCCGUCUGCUCCAUUAGCAGCAUGAACAGCAGCGGCUCCAGCAACUCGCCGGGUCAUCAUCACUAUCAGCGCUCGCUGUCGCAGUUUGUAACGCCCGCAAUUCGCUUGAAACCUGGUGAAUCCAGUGAUAGUGGCUUUUGCUCAUCGCCAGCGCUAACAACACAGGCAUCGACUGCAACAAAUCAGACGCAUGCCGUCUCCACUUGGCCGCCACAUUCCCAGGACGUUGUGGACACGCUGCCGCCGACUGCCGAUCGUCCGCACACGAUUUCCACAACCUACGAGAAGGGCCAUCAGCGUCCGCCGCUAACUGUUUACACGUUCCAGAAUCCCGAGACUAUACACGAGUCCAGCAGCAGCGGCAGCCUCAUAGCCGGUGCUCCCGGUCCCGCUGCUCCUGCUCCCGGUGCUGCUGCUCUGCCCAACAGCAGCUCCUCCUCCGCCUCGGGCCAGACCACGCCGGCUCCACAGAAAUCGCCAGCCGCCUCGCUCAGUCGUCCACCGUUGCCAGUUCGCUGCUCGUCGCUGGAACGCCCGCUGUCGGCGCAGAGCAAUCAUCGCCAGAACAGUGGACAGAACUUGCUGCAGCGCCAGUGCCCCUCACCGAUACCGGCUCAUAUCACGAAAGAGCUGUCCGCCGCACAUCAUGCACAGCAACAGCAGCAACAGCAAACACAGCAGCAACAAACCACGCCCACCUAUGUUAAUAUGUCCGAACUGGCGGCUAUGAAACUAACCAACCAGCAGCAACAGCAGCAAUCACAGCAGCAAUCGCAGCAGCAGCAGCAACAAAAGCCAGCAACACCUUUGUUGCAGCAGCAGAGCAGCAUUGAUUCGAUAUGUUCGCAGCACUCGAAUGACUCGUCGACAGGCUCGCUACAGCAUCAACUGUUGCAGCAUCAGCAGCAGCAGCAAUCGCACAUGAAUCAUCAGCCAACAGGAUUAGGCACACGCUCCCAUUCCAUAUCCUCGUCGGUGUCCUCGAACACGGCCUCCUCGUUGCACUCGCAUCCAUCCAUUGACUCGGCUGUUGCUGCCUCGCUGGUGGGCACAGCUGGUGGUGGUGGUGGUGGUAGUUGUCACACUAAUACCAAUACCAAUACAAGCACCACAACACCAUCCAGCGGCUGUUCAACGCCACAGAAUCACUAUUCACCACUGUUAACCAACUCACCCACGUCCACUGCCGCAGGUACACCCAGUGGCGGCAGCAUUGCCAGCGGCCUCGGCUUUGUCUAUCAGAUCAGCUCACCGACGCCGCCCGCCUCCGCCAGCGAAGUGCUCAAGAUCACCGAACCGUCGCCACCGGCUGCAGCUGUCCAAGAUUCCGGCGAUACCGACGAACGUUCACGUGCCUCGGUGCUGCAGAAGGCCUCCAUGUUUGAGAAGCAGGCAGCCGCUGCCGCUGCAUCAGCGCCUGUGCCUGUGCCGCCAGCUGCAUCGAGUGGUCGGCGUUCCGAGGAGCUGCGCGCGGUGGAACAACAGGAAAUGGACAAAUCUUUCGAAGAUUCGAUACAAGCAUUAAAUAAUUUAAUUGGCGAAUUAGACUCCUUUCAACGUGAGAUCGAUGAGGGCAAGGGCAAGCAGCACAACAGCAGCAACAACAACAUCAACAACAACAACAACAACAGCAGCAGCAACAGCGGCUCGAGCAGCAGCAACAGCAGCAACGAGAACAACAACAGCAACGAUCUGCUAAUGUUGCCUAGCAACAACAGCGACUGCUGUGCGAUCAGCAAUCAAACAAAUUCGAGCGGCUGCGGCACAGACAUAUCGGACACCACAUCCGAGGAGCUGGGCGGCGGCAUCGAUGGCCAAUUGGCCGCGGAACGACGGCAUCAGCAAUUGAAUGCCUCGGACUCGGAGCUGAGUCGCUGUUAUGUGAGCGAAACAAGUUCGCUGACCGGCGGCAUAUUGGCCGGCGGCUAUGAGAAUCCGACAUUCGCGCACUUUGCCAAUCGGGAAGAGCAGCCGGAUACAGGUCGCAGCCACUUUGCCAGCGACAGCGUCUCGCUGACCGCCUCGGACAGCGUGUGCGUGGGCCAGCCGCGGCACGCCUAUGUGGACACGUGCAGCGACGACGGCAGCGCCGUGGUCGUCAUCUACGAUCACCAGAUACCCAAUACGCCGGACAUUGAGUUUGUCAAACAGAACUCGGAAAUUGUGCUAUUGCGCACCAAAGAUCCGCAGCAAUUGCAGCUGCACGAGAUGCGUGAACUGCAACAGCUGCCGGACAAUCUGACGGGCUCACCCGAGUCGCCGGAUGGCAGCUCGGCGGGCGCCAGUCUACAGAAGCCAGCGGCAACGGCAACCGUGGCGCCCGCCAAGCAGCGACUCUCCUCGUUUCGCGCCUCCAGCGAGCAGCAGCUACAGCUGCUCGGACGCGCCAGCAGUCCGCACAGAGGUACGGAAAAGCUUAGGGUUAGUCAAGAGCAGCAGCAGCAGCAGCAGCAGCAACAAUUCGCGAGUGAUACAGCAGCAACAGUUGCUGGUGCGUUGCGGCGCAAGCUGCCGCCAAAGCCGAUUAGCCUCAGCAUAUUCAAUGGGCCCGUGCCCGAGCCGGGCAACAGCAUUAAGCCAGUGAUACCUAGAAAGUUUGACUUUAAGGCUGACUUAGAUGCCAAAAUACGCAAGCAGAAACUAAAAGUGCAGCAGCAAUUGCAGCAGCAGCAACAGCAGCAGCAGCAACAACAACAACAACCACCACACUCACCACAGUCGCCCCAAACAACAACAACAACAAGCACAACAACAACAACAACAGCAGCAAACUGUAAUGUCACUAAUAUACCUGCCGUUAUUGCAUCCGCAUGCGCAUCGAACAACUCGAAUCAUAGAAUGCCAAACCACACAGCAGCAACAUCUAAUCAUGCGCCAUACAAAACGCCCAACACAGCAACAACAACAACAGCAUCAACAUCAUCUGGGGCCAAGUUGUCAUUGCCAUUAUCAUCAUCAUCUGCAUCAUCAUCAUCUGCAUCAUUGUCAUUAUCCGCCCCAGCAGCAGCAGCAGCAGCAUCGCCACCUCAGCCGCCCAAUGUGCCCGCCAAACCCGCACCAACACCGCCCAAUUCAUAUGCGUGCUCCACUGUCAAUGCCAACAAUUCCCAUGCUACUGUCAAGCCAUGCAUAACGCCCAGGCCGGCAUCGUUGUCGGGAGGAGUUGGCGGAGUAGGAGGAGGAGGUGGCUCAACGCGCAUCGCACGGCGUUCUUCCAUUAACCAGGCCAAGCCGCCGCCGCCAGUGCGGCGCAGCUCGUCGGUGACGCCCAGUCCCAAUAAUGGGCUGCAACUGCAACAACAACAGCAGCAGUACGGCAACAACUCGUGCGAGCAUCUGCCACCGCCGCCCGCUUACCUACUGGAAGCGUACUCCACAUCGCCCACACCUCCGCCGCCGGCGCCGCCGGCCUCCAUGCCCAGCUCAGCGCUCAAGGUGUCGGAGACGGUGCGUGCCUUGGCAGCCAUGCGGCAUCAGCCUGCCUCGCCCGUUGCGCUGCGACGCAUCCAACAGCAGCAACUGCAGCAACAGCAGCAACAUCCUUCACAGCAGCUCGUGCACAAGCCUAUUCCUAGCAUUGAAGCUGACUAUGAAGCUUACUAUAAUAGCUAUAUGGAGCUGCAUGCCUAUGCUCAAGCCACGCCAUCCAACCAGCCACAACAGCAGCAGCAGCAGCAGCAACAACGCUUCAUGCAGCAGCAACAUCUUCAUCAGCAACAUCAUCAUCAGCAGCAGCAGCUGCCACCAACGCCGCCUCCAUAUCAGGCACCACCUCAGUUAGAUGCCUCGUACCGCACCUCAUCGCCUGGCGCCGGCGGCGGCAUCUACGCGCAGCCCAAAUUGGUUAGCAACAUGUCCAGCUUUCGCAGCAGCAGCCCCAGCCCGAACGGGCAUGCGCACCCACUGCCGCCGACACAGCCCAAGGCGAAUCCGAAUCUAAUUGCACAGCUCAAUGCACGACUCAACAGCAAGCAGCAGCAGCAGCAGCAACAGCAGCAACAGCAGCAGCAGCAGCAACAUGUUGCCGAGGGCAUUUACGGCAACGCGAGCAGCGAGUCCAUCUACCUGCGCAGCGGUUUGUCCAUGACACAGCAGCAGCAGCAACACCACGACGCUGCGCAAACAGCAAACAUGCGACAACAGCAGCAGCAACAGUUGCAGCAGCAGCAGCAGCAACAACAUUAUACUUGCCCACCGCCGCUUGAGGAUCCGCCACCGCCGCCCAUUUACUCAGCGACCAUGCCCAAAAAGAUGGCACGCGCACAUGUUGCUCACGGCAACAGCAGCAACAGCAACAGCAGCAGCAGCAGCAAUCAUGUGUUGGGCGCCUAUGCUGCAGCUGCAAACAGCGCUACGCUGCCCAAAAAUAUAUUGCAACAGCAGCGUUUACAGCAGCAACAGCAGCGCUUACAGCAGCAGCAACAGUAUCAACAGCCCACAGGCAUUGGCGUUGGCAAUGGACAUGCUAGUCAGCGACCAGCAAUGCCGCUGCCCCAGCAACAACAGCAACAACAACAACAGCAGCAGCAGCAGCAGCAGCGACAGCCACCAAUACCGUCGCGUCAUUCCAGCGUGCAGCAAAAGAUAUUCGUUUCGACGAAUCCAUUUAUACAGACCACAGCUGUCAAGUUUCAUACGCCAUCCUCGUCCUCGGUGCACUCAACGCCCGCUGCGUCGCCCACCUGCGGCUCGCCCGCGGCAACGGCAAACUUUGCCAGCAUUUAUGGCACAACGGGACGUGGCGGCAGCGCACAGCAAUACCAGCAACAACAGCAGCAACAUCUGCAACAACAACAGCAGCAACAUCUGCAACAGCAGCAACAGCAUUAUUAUCGCGAUGUUGCUGGCGGCAACAGCAAUGGCGGCGGUGUUUACUAUGCUGCCCACAACAAUGCCCAUGGCCACGCCCAUGCCCAUGGGCAUGGGCACGCCCAUUCGCACGCCCACAUGCCUCAUGUCCAGGCACAUCAUUCAAACUAUGCCACAAGCACCAAUAUCGAAAAGACUGGCAGCAUACGUGCCAAGACCAAGGCUGAAUUUCUCGAGAAUCUCAAUGCAAAGCUGGCCAAACAGGGCAUGUCCGGCCGUGCAUUUGCCGUGCGAAAUCUGAUCAAUAGCAAGGCUUUGCCGGAUCCGCGCAUUUGUCACGAGUCGCUAAUGGAUCAAAUAAAGCGGGGGGCGACUUUGAAGCGCAAUCAAAAGAUCAACGAUCGCAGCGCGCCCAAAAUACAUUAAUCUAUUAAUGUUUUAAUUCAACUAGCAUGCGAAUAUUAUUUAUUUCUAAACAAUAUAAUUAUGAGGCGGCGUCGCCUGCUCGAUUGCAGGCUUACGCAGAGUUUAGUUUGAAACUAAGAAACUCGAGUAAAUACAAUAUAACUAAACACACACACACACACAUACGAUAAAAGAUAUAUGAUAACUGAUAAAUACGCGUAUACAAUAUAUAUAUAUAUAUACAUAAAUUAACAGCUAUAAACACAUACAUAUAAUUAAUUCGAAUGAAAGGGGUUCUUCAAAAAUCUCUAGUUACAAAUUUGAUUGAAAUUGGCAUUUCUCUUAAUUCCCUAUAAAAAUAUAUAUACCUAAACAUAUAUAUACUACACAUCUAUACAGAUUUAUGAAAGUUAUGGAAGACAAUUGAAGUUGAAUGUUGUAUGAAAAGUUUCAUGGAUUAUUUAUAAUUUAAACUCGAAUUUAUUGUUAGUUGAAUUUAGUUUUGUCGCGCUUUUAAUUAUUAUUAUUUAUAAUUUCCUCUUGUUUGUGUAAAUACCUAUAAUUUAACUAAUACAACCAACUAAUAUGACGCCCAAUAAAUGAAAUUGUCGUAUCUAUAUAUACUUACAUAUAUAUAUUAUAUAUUAUUAUAUACCUUUUGUUCUUGAUUUCUUAUAUUAUCUAUGCGAGUCAAUUUAAAGGGUCUGAGCAUAUUGAAAAACAAACAUUUACAACUACACAUAAAUCUAAAUAGCUAUAGAUGCUAUAAACUUGAUCUUAAGUACACGCCUAAUUAGAUAACAUAAAGUUUUAACUGGUGAGGAUUCACUUGGGAUCCUUUUACAUAUACGUAGUGUGCUAUAUAUUGAUAUAUACAUAUAUACAUAUGAACGGGUUCAUAUCAAAGCUAUAACAUUUCUAUUGGACUGAAUCUUUUAUUGUGCUACAAAACACAUCUGUCAUUUAAAAUGCAAAACUAAUCGGGUAGAGACUAGAGAGACAGCUGUUCUAAAACUUAAACUACAAAUCUAGUAUACAAAUAUCAUUUGACUUCAUAUCAGUUACAAAACUACAUA